CACAACUACUGUUUACCCCCUCCACCACUUUCGAUACCCACUGCAACCCCACAAAAGUUGGGGCAUCUUCCUCCUACCCAGAACACAGACACAAUCAAGCACCCAUGUCUCCUCCCCCUCUCUAAGGUAGUCGGCCGACCACCAUAGUUGGUGGUGGCGGCGCGUGGUGGCUUGGCGAUGGGCGGAGAGAAAGACGAAUAGAAUUAUCACGGAGAGAGAGAGAGCUGAAGAGAUGAGAGAGAGGGCGCCGGAGAUGGAGCAGCACCGCCAUGAGCGGCGGUGGCAGUGGUGGUGCGGCGGCGGUAACGAGCAGAGAGAACGGAGAGGAGAGAGAGAAUCGGUGAUGGUGAGCAGCGGUCACGUCUCGAACCAGUGGUCUACGUCUCGAACCGGCGGUCCUUGUCUCGGACCGGUGGUCCUUGCUUCGGUCCGUCGGCUUUCGGCGGUGGUGAUGUCACGGUAUACGGCGGCGAGAAACGGAAGAAACAGUGAGAGAGACGGCAUCUUCGGAGGGAUUCCGGCGACGGCCGACGUCGGAACUUCGACGAUGGAGGUGGUCCGACGGAACCACGCUAGCGACGAUGAUGGUUUGGUUCAGAUUCAUGUUCGAGUCAGAUUCAAGUCGGUCAACAGAAGGUCAAAGGUGGUCAACCAGGUCGGUUCGGUUCGCGGUUCAUGGAUUCGAGUCGACUCGGUCGAACCGAGUUAACUUGGUCAACCGAGUCAACUCAGUCAGUCAACUCGGUUGACUCGGUCAACUUAGUAAGCAUCGUCGGCGUUCGACACUAGAAGAUGGUA